GGAAACGGCAGUGGGUCGCCGCCGAGUUGAUUGGACUGCUGGACCGCGCGACGUUCCGAACGACGACUUGUUGAAAGCUCCUUGCCGCCUGUUUGUGUCUUGGUUUGGCCGAGACGUGCCCGUCUUUGUUUCGGGUCUUUCUGGGCUUUGAGGCAUACAGAGACUCGAUCCGUAGCAGCAGCAGCAGAAGAAGAAACAACUGGCCAUCAUGUCGCUCGCUCCCGUUCAGGUUAUGACGGCUGGUGCCGAGGAAGAACGCGCCGAGACCGCUCGCCUGUCUUCCUUCGUGGGUGCCAUUGCCAUUGGUGAUCUCGUCAAGUCUACUCUCGGCCCCAAGGGCAUGGACAAGAUUCUUGUUUCGUAUUCACAGUCAAACGAGGUGCACGUCACCAACGAUGGUGCUACCAUCCUCAAGAGCAUUGGCAUUGACAACCCAGCUGCCAAGGUCCUGGUUGAGAUUUCAAAGGUUCAGGAUGCCGAGGUCGGCGAUGGCACCACCAGCGUCACCGUGUUGGCGGCCGAGCUGCUCAAGGAGGCGGAAAAGCUGAUUGCAGCCAAGAUGCACCCGCAGACCAUCAUCUCCGGCUGGCGCAAAGCCGUGGCCAUUGCCCGCCAGGCCCUCGAGGGCGCGGCACUGAACAAUGGUGCCGACCCGGAAAAGUUCCGUACCGACCUCAUCAACAUUGCCCGCACCACCCUCAGCAGCAAGAUUCUGACCAACGCCAAACAGUACUUUAGCGAGAUGGCCGUCGAUGCCGUUCUUCGUCUCAACAAGUCGGGCAAUCUUGAGGCCAUUCAGAUUAUCAAGAAGCUCGGUGGUCAGCUGUCCGACUCGUACCUUGAUGAAGGCUUCAUUCUCGAUCGCACCUUUGGUGUGAACCAGCCCAAGCGCAUCGAGAAUGCCAAGAUCCUCAUUGCCAACACCUCGCUUGACACGGACAAGAUCAAGAUCUACGGUGCCCGCGUGCGCGUCGACUCAACUGCUAAGGUUGCCGAGAUUGAAGCUGCUGAGCAGAAGAAGAUGAAGGACAAGGUUGACCGCAUCCUCGCUCACGACAUGAACGUUUUCAUCAACCGUCAGCUCAUCUACAACUACCCCGAGCAGUUGUUUGCCAAGGCUGGCAUCUCCUCGAUCGAGCGGGCCGACUUUGAGGGCGUUGAGCGUCUGGCGCUCGUGCUUGGCGGUGAGAUUGUGUCUACCUUUGACACUCCGGACAAGGUCAAGAUUGGUCACUGCGAUCUCGUCGAGGAGGUUAUGAUUGGCGAGGACAAGCUCCUGCGCUUCAGCGGCGUGGCUUUGGGUGAGGCCUGCACCGUCGUCCUGCGCGGUGCGACCCAACAGAUCCUGGAUGAGGCUGAGCGCUCGCUGCACGAUGCGCUCUGCGUGCUUACUUCCACCGUGCGCGAGACGCGCGUGGUCUUUGGCGGCGGCUGCUCGGAAAUGCUGAUGGCGGCUGCCAUUCAGAAGGAGGCCAUCAAGACUCCCGGCAAGGAGGCCAUUGCCAUGGAGGCGUUUGCCUCGGCCCUGCGCCAGCUGCCCACCAUUAUUGCCGACAAUGCCGGUUUCGAUUCGUCAGCUCUUGUGGCUGAGCUUCGCGCCCAGCACAUGGAGGGCCACACAACCAUGGGUCUGGACAUGGAGAACGCCGUUGUUGCCGAUGUCAAGGAUAUCGGCAUCACGGAGAGCUUCCAGGUCAAGCAACAGGUCUUGGUCUCGGCUGCCGAGGCUGCCGAAAUGAUUCUGCGUGUUGACGACAUUCUAAAAUCAGCACCCCGUCAACGUGCCCCUGGUCACCACUAAUCGAACACUCGCUUGUCUG